AUGCCGUUUAGCGACGCCGAAAUUGAGCUCCGUGAUUUCAGAAAUGACCUUGAUCAGAAUUUCAAGCCUAUUUUUGAAAAGCAUGGACCAGAAGGCAUUGGAUUAUUAGACCUUAGGCGUGAACUUGAGGAAGAAGGCCUGCUUGAACAUUUAGGCAAGGAUAGGUUAGCCCAUCUUUUAAGUGCUGCUGAUCAGGACAACAACAUGCUGAUAACUUACCGGGAGUUUGUCAGAAUGAUGACCGAAGACCUCACAAGAGAGGAACGCAAGCCAUUCCGGCGUGUAAUGAGAGCAGCUAUUGCAGAUAUCAUUCCCAGGAGACAGCGGGAAGACUUUCUAGCCAACUACAACUGCUGCCCUCCUCCCCUGUUUAUACCUCUGAUUAGUGCAGCUGAGAUUGCUGUGUUCAUCUACUACACUAUUGUACUUGAGAGGAAAGGUAUUGCGACGACAGCAACAGAAGGGGUGGAUAUGGAGAGUCCUCUUGUGUACAGAGCAAGCAGACGAUAUGAAGCCUGGAGGUUCAUCUCAUACAUGUUCAUGCAUCAAGGGUAUAUGCACAUCAUUUUCAACAUAUUGUUCCAGCUUCUCUACGGCCUCUCUCUAGAGGUUGUUCACAAAUGGUGGAGGGUUGGCAUUGUCUAUUUACUGGGAGUCCUUGCAGGUGGUCUAGCUCACUCAAUCACUGACCACCAUGUUGGCCUUGUGGGAGCUAGUGGAGGAGUCUAUGCAUUACUGGGUGCACACUUUGCAGCUAUAGUUAUUAAUUGGAAAGAAAUGAAUUACAAGUGUUUGGACCCUGAGGAAAUGGAAGACAAUGCAUGUUGUGGAAUUUGUCGUGUACUUCUGAGUGCUCCAGUUAGAAUGGCUAUCAUUCUUAUUUUAGUGAUUCCUGACACAGCAUUGGCUGUUUACAGAAGAGUUACAGCCCCUGCUGAAAAUAAAAUUGGUGUGACAGCCCACAUUGGAGGAUUUUUGGCAGGUGUUAUGCUGGGAAUUGUUAUCCUCAAGAAUAUCAACAGACUGACAUGGGAAAGAACUCUCGGCUGGGUGACACUAGCAGUGUAUCUCGCCUUCGUUGCCUUUUGUUGUUUGUUCAAUGCCUUUUAUCAGGGCUACCCACCAACAGAUUGGAAAGGAUAUUAG